GGCAGGGAGCAAAAGCACCAGAGGAAACCCUCAAUGCCGCUUAAGCGCACGCUGCAAAUGGACCUGCCGGAGAACCGCGCGCCACAAUGGACUGUCUGGAUGAGAUCCAGUGUCUAACUUAAUAUAAUAAAUACAAAAAUAACAAGCAUACCCUUUUUACUAGCUUUGAAAUAUUGAAAAUGUGACCGGAUUAUAAUUGUACAAUUACAAAAAUUGUUAUAGUGGAGUCGGUGGCACGAGAGAUACUGCAACUCGCUUUUGCUGGAGUGAAGUACAACCAGGAGUGGUAGUCGGUAACCGUUGUGAAUCGUCAUCGUCAUGACAAAAGUGUAGACUCUGGAAGUCGCGUUGUAAUCAACCGUCCGUGUUUUUCGAUGGGGACACUGAUACCGUUUUGAGUGACAUGGAUGUGGAGGGGAAUGUCAGCGGUGAAAACUGUUUAGUCCCUGGUUGGAAUGAGAGCACCAGCCCAGAGGAGAAACAGGGACAGUCGUACGGAGUGUCCACUGCUCUGGCAGCUGUGCUGAUAUUUACCAUUGUGGUCGAUAUCCUGGGCAACCUGCUGGUAAUCCUCUCGGUGUUCAGGAAUAGAAAACUCAGGAAUGCAGGCAACAUGUUUGUGGUGAGCCUGUCGGUAGCGGAUCUGGUGGUGGCUGUGUACCCCUACCCUCUCUCCCUGAUGGCCAUCUUCCACGAUGACUGGAUCUUGGGUGACCUCCACUGCCAGGCCAGUGGCUUCCUGAUGGGCCUCAGCGUCAUCGGCUCCAUCUUCAACAUCACGGCCAUCGCCAUCAACCGCUACUGCUACAUCUGCCACAGCCUGCACUACGACCGGCUCUACAGCCACCACAAUACUGUGUGUUACCUGGCUCUUACCUGGGUCCUCACCUGCCUGGCCAUUGUACCUAACUUCUUCGUUGGUUCUCUUCAGUACGACCCGAGGAUCUAUUCCUGCACCUUUGCCCAGACGGUGAGCUCUCACUACACCAUCUGUGUGGUGGUAAUCCACUUCCUGAUCCCGCUGGCCGUUGUCUCCUACUGUUACAUGAGGAUUUGGGUCCUCGUCAUCCAGGUGAAGCACCGUGUCAAGCCAGAACACCGUACCACUACGGUCAAGCCCAGCGACAUCAAGAACUUCCUGACAAUGUUCAUGGUCUUUGUGCUAUUCGCUGUCUGCUGGGCACCGCUCAACCUAAUUGGCUUAGCAGUGGCAAUAAAUCCGGUCAGAGUAGCGCCUAACAUCCCUGAUUGGCUAUUCGUGGCUAGCUACUUCAUGGCAUAUUUUAACAGUUGCCUGAACGCUGUCAUCUAUGGACUUCUGAACCAGAACUUCAGGAAGGAGUACAAGACAAUUCUCCUGGCGUUGUGUUUACCCAGAAGGCUACUCUUGGAGACGUCUCGGUGUGGGACAGAGGCGGGGCUGAGGUCCAAACAACCCAGCAAGUCUCCAGCCAUGACAAACAAUAACCAAGCCGAGAUUAACGUUUGAAAGACCACAUUAUCCAGAAUACUGUUAGGCUGUUAGAGUGGCAGCCUGAUGAGUUUGGGUUGUUCUUGCCUGGACAUGGCUACUUGGUUGCAUGGGAUUAACACAUUUUACUAUUGGGUUCUCAUAAUGAGAACAUAUAUUCACCGUCGGAUCAUAGAACCAUUAUAAAAUGGAAUCCAUAGAAAGGACCUCUUGACCUCACAGUGGACCAUUCUAAAGAUUAUAUUUCUAUGUGUGGAACUGUACAAUGAUGCAUUUCACAUUGUGCCUUUGUUUCCUCUGUAACUGAGGGAUAGAUAGAGAGGGAGAUGUUCUGUGUCGUCUACAAAUGAGCAUACUGUAAACUGUACUGUAAUUUCCCUGAAGGUUUACUUACUUUUAACUUCGUCACCUCAAUACAUUAUCGCCAAAUGCACUGAAGUAUGCCAUCCAUGUAAAGCUCAAUGUCUACAAACCUACACACUAUGAAUCACUGUCAGGGCACAUGUUCCCAUUACAGGUAAACAGCAGUCUGAAUGAAAAAACUAGAAUGGCACUAAGAUGCACCACAGUAUGGCUGGCCAUCACCUUUUUAUAUCUUAUAAAGCUCUCUUUUCUUCUCCAAUGUACCUCUCAACUUAAAACUGUAUUUAUGUGUGAAAGAGGGAAUUUAUCGGGCAAAA